AUGGUGUUCCGGCCCUUCGCGGCGCGGGAUGGCCAGGUGAGCCUCGGCAGCGGCUUCAUCGUGAAGACUGAGCCCUACAUUCUCAUCGCCACCAACCAGCAUGUCAUCAAUGAUGCCCUGCGGGUUCAAGUUCAGUUGCUUCUGCACAGUCAGACCAAGUGGGAUGUGCAGAUUGUGUCAGCCUGCCCCAAGUUUGACCUGGCCCUGCUCACUCUGAAGGAUGACAAGGGCUUCAAGCAGACCCUGGCGAAGGCCGGCAUCUCCGUGCAGGCCUUGGCCUUGUCAUCCAAGGUGGCGGAGAUGGGCCAAGAUGUGGUGGCGCUCGGUUUCCCGCUGGGCCAGAACUCGCUGAAGAUCUCCAAAGGCGGACGGUUCAUCGUUUCGUGGGGAAUGGGCUUGUGUCAGCAGAAUGGGUGGGUACCGAGCCUCAAAAGACACCUCUAG